CGUUUGUUGGCAUUUCGUUUGGUGUGAAUGUUUGAGUGUGUGGAGUUUUGGAGCGUUUAAAUGCAUGAGUGAAAUAUUUAUAUCAAGACUUUCAUGACUAAUAUAUUUUAACCUAUUUUAUAAAGCACGUUAUAAGGCCAAGCAAUUAAUCCAAGGUGUUUUCACAAUGGUUGCAACAAGCACACAGAAGAACAAAAGCUCUGAAUUCGUCUCGGGUUUUGUUGAUCGAGGAUGUGACCAGUCAUGCAUCGACAACGAACUGGACUUCUGGGAGCGCUGCCUGGCUGAGCCAUACCUCAGUGCUGAGGCUUGUGAAGAGUGGGCGUGCCAACAGCUGGUGCGGAUGCUUGAGGGCUGCUUGGCACGGGCGAAGACCAGCACUCUUCAUUGCACAAAAGUGUUGGUGCCAGUAACUCUGACCCGGCGGGUGGCAAGGGACGUUUUGCGGCUGGCAGCAGGUGAACCCUGUGGGUUACGUGGCUGCUUGCUGGACGUGCGCCUUGAGCUUGAGGAGCAGCAUAAACAGCGGCGCUGUGCAAAACUUGAAAGGUUGGUUUGUGAUGCCAGCAUGGUGCCAACUUUUGAGCUGACUCUGGUCUUCAAACAAGAUGGCAGCAGCUGGAUGAACUUCCGGGACUUCCUGCGUAUUGGCACCUGUUUCUCACGUCGCACUCUCAAGCUCGGCCCAGGCUUCCGGCUCGUUAAGAAAAAGCUCUACUCGUCAGCGGCUGGUACCGUGGUCGAGGAGUGCUGAGCCACUGGGUUGAUGUUUAACGGUACAGUGCACUUCAACACUUAAAUAUAUGAAUGUACAGGGCUGCCUUUUUAACAGCUCUUUUUUUCCUGCACUUUUUAUACUGUGAUCUAGUUUAGUAGUUUCACUGUAUGUUUUGUUUUGGGGGAAGUAGAGAAACACAGUGAGCCAUUUGAUGUGUUGGAGUUGAAUGUCUUUUGGUAUAGAAUGUCGUACCCAUAAAUGUGCUUGCUGUUUGUGUUCAGUCGUUUCCUAGUGCACAAAUCAUUGUGCCAUAGUUCUUUAUGAUUUUCACUGGUGUGCAACCAAAAACCUUACUAUAUAUUAAGGGACUAGCACAGUUUCAAAUUUCAUAAGUGUGUGGGAGAGGGGCAUGAUAGGAAAAUACUUUCUGCGGAGUACCUGCUUGUAAAAACAUACCGCUGAAGGCAUUAAAGCUCAAUGUUAAUGUAAAAAUGGUUUCAUUGUUCUACAAUUGUUUAAAAGAAUUUUUUGGCUUUCUAGAAAGUUUGCCAAAGUCAAAGAGCCUGUUUAGUGCUUGACUGUAUGCUUUUCCCCCAGUUCUGUCUCACAUUUGCUGUGCUGUUCUAAAACCUUGACAUAUUUUAAUAGGUUCCUGUAACGGGAAGUGGAAGAUCUUGUCUAUUUGACAAUAAACUAUUUUGAAUACA